AUGAUCAUUAAACAAUAUCUCUCACUCGGGGUGAUUGCUCUUUGGGCCGAGGCCUAUUUAAUGGUGAUGGAACCAGAACCCUACGGAAAAGACAGUCUCAACAAUUCGCCUCUUGCUGCAGAUGGGAGUGAUUUUCCCUGUAAACUACGUCCAGGUGCAUUUGAAAUCUCCGGAGAAGCAACCUACCGCAUUGGGGACGAUCAGGUACUGAAACUGGAAGGAAGUAUAACACAUGGAGGUGGAUCAUGCCAAAUUUGUCUUACCGAAGAUCGUGUCCCGACGAAAGAUUCCGAGUGGAAAGUCAUCAAAUCGUUUGAGGGAGGGUGCCCUGCAAAUGUGAAAGGACAGCUUGUGGGGGGCGCCGACUCCGACAACUCCCUCCACCUCGGUUUUCGAAUACCUGAAGGUAUCGUGCCCGGCCAAUACACAUUGGCAUGGACUUGGUUCAAUCGCAUCGGCAACCGCGAGAUGUACAUGAAUUGCGCACCUAUCACUGUGAUUGGCAACAAUCAAUCAGUGAUGGCUGGGGAGCCGAACGCCUCGUUCCCGCCCAUGUUCAUCGCCAACAUCAACGGCUGCAAUACCACAGAAAUGGUGGCUAUUCGUUUCCCAGAGCCCGGAAAUUUUGUUGAGACUCCUUCCGAUGUGAUUAGUCUCGCUAGUGAGGAUGCGCCCCCGUGCACUGGUAUUCUCACUCUUCAUCACGGUUUGAACACAAAAGUCACGUCCGCUGCCGCUUCGUCAGAGCAUUCUACAGCAAUAAUUACGUCGACUACCUUGUUGGCAGCAGAUCCCUGCGUAUCAAAUUGCUCUUGCCGGUAUAAUUCACAUAUGUGA